AAUUAGCAUCCCCAUAAACAAUAUCUUUAAAAAAAAGUUUGUGGCGGCUGGCGGCAUCAUACGCAACAGCGUUUUUAGGUUAUUCGGCGAAUAACUGAAUUUGUAUUUAUUUUAACUGUUAAAAGAAAAAGACAAAUAACCAAAAAUGGCAGCGGCUAUGCCCAUCAACCCCAAGCCUUUCCUCAACAGUUUGACAGGGAAAUCCGUGCUUGUGAGGCUAAAAUGGGGCCAUGAAUACAAAGGGCUCUUGGUGUCCGCCGAUGGUUACAUGAAUCUGCAGUUAGCUAACACCGAGGAAAUUGUUGACGGCAAAUGCACAGGAAAUCUCGGAGAAGUUCUAAUCAGGUGUAACAAUGUUCUGUACGUGCGAGGGGCAGAGGAAGAGGAUGAAGAGGGAGAAAUGAAAGAAUAACUUUUAGUCUAUAAUUUUUAUAAGUUACAAUAAGUGUACUAGGGUAUUGGAUAUACCGAGUCAUGAAACUGGUAAAAGGAUCUUUAUUGAGAAACUAUUCUUUUGUUUGGGUAACCAGACACUUAAGAUAAUUUUUUUAACAUACACUUUUCAGGAGUUUGUCUCCUAACCACUUUUUUUUAACUGGUAUGUUAGGCACUUAUUUUCUUUAUCAUAAAAGUGUAUAAAGUUUAAACAAGAAUCCGGGACAUAUGGGUCAUUGAAAUAAGCUGCCCAUUGCUUCAUUGUGUUUUAGUAUAAACCAAUGAUUUACAUGCAAGCCAUGGUAUCUGAAAUAGAAUUCUUUUUGUCAGUUUCAUUAACUCUAAAACUGAGUGUUUGUGGAAGAUUGCACCGACUGUUGAAUUGAAUAAUUCAAUUUUGUGGUUUUCUUAAAUAAUAAGAAUCUAUUCCAA